AUGGUUCAUAUUUUAUCACGCAUCAUGUCGAAUGUUACUGAUUUGGUCUCUAAGGAGAAGCAUGGAAACGGUAGAGAUAUGAUGAACAACGUGGUAAGCAACGUAGCAAGUUUGGUUACAAACGCAUCGAUAAAUACUUUUGGUGCUGAUGACGUGCCGCUACCGGACAUCCCCCGCUUUGAAAAAUUUUACCAGACAGAAAUAAUUGAUGGCGAUGCCAUAAUUGUACAGCACGUGUUCAACGCGCUUUUAGCUUUUGUGAUAAUUAUGUUCAUCGUUAUAGGAUGCUGUUGUAUUUGCUACGGCAUAAUCUUCACCAGCUGUUCAUCCUGUGAUCCGCUCAGGAAGUGCUUGUGCUGUUGCAUGGUGAUAUUCACAGCGGAAUUUUCACGAAUAGUAGCAAAUACACCGCCAGCAGAGUACAGGAGAAAGAAGAAGAAGAGGCGAAAGCAUGGCUCUAAGCGUGAACUACCAGGGAGCAGUACUACGGACACAUUCGUUAUAAUGAACGAGUGAAAGCAUUACUCUGAGCACGUGAGCCCAAAGCGUGAACUACCAGGGAGCAGU